CGUGGCCGCUCUCCCGCGGGGAUUUCAGCCGGGUCGCUGCUGCGGCAGCUCACAGCUCCACCGGGUCAGCUGCCUGCUCGCGCCAGGGAUAUUGUGAUCUCAAUUCAGAACAAAGGUUGGCUAUCAUGGCAGCUCUCUGGGUUGGAAACCGGGGGACAGUGAAGGAUUAUCCGGGCUUUCACCCAUCACAGGAUGCUGAAGCAAUUCGCAAGGCAAUCAGAGGAAUUGGAACCGAUGAGAAAACGCUCAUCAGCAUUCUGACAGAGAGGUCAAAUGCACAACGACAGCUGAUUGCUAAGGAAUAUCAAGCAGCAUAUGAAAAGGAGCUGAAAGAUGACUUGAAGGGUGAUCUCUCUGGACACUUGGAACAUCUCAUGGUGGCACUUGUGACACCACCAGCGUUGUUUGAUGCAAAGCAGCUGAAGAAAUCCAUGAAGGGAACUGGAACAGAUGAAGAUGCAUUGAUCGAGAUCUUAGCCAGCAGAACAAGCAGGCAGAUGAAGGAGGUCUCGCAGACCUACCUUACAGUGUAUAAGAAGAGUCUUGGAGAUGCCAUCAGUUCUGAAACGUCUGGCGAUUUCCAAAAAGCUCUGUUGAUUUUGGCAGAUGGCAGAAGAGAUGAAAGUCUGAAAGUAGAUGAGCAUCUGGCCAAAAAGGAUGCCCAGAUUCUCUAUAAUGCUGGUGAGAACAAGUGGGGCACAGAUGAAGAUAAAUUCACUGAGAUCCUGUGUUUAAGAAGCUUCCCUCAACUGAAGCUAACAUUUGAUGAGUACAAAAAUAUUAGCCAGAAGGACAUCGAGGACAGCAUCAAAGGAGAAUUAUCUGGGCAUUUUGAAGACUUACUACUGGCCAUAGUGCGCUGUGCAAGGAACACACCUGCCUUUUUAGCUGAAAGACUGCAUGGAGCUUUGAAGGGUGCUGGAACUGAUGAAUUUACUCUGAACCGAAUCAUGGUAUCCAGAUCAGAAAUUGACCUUUUGGACAUUCGAACUGAGUUUAAGAAGCUUUGUGGCUAUUCCUUAUAUUCCGCAAUUAAAUCAGAUACUUCUGGAGACUAUGAAAUCACUCUCGUAAAGAUCUGCGGAGGAGAUGACUGAGUCAAGAACACAAUCUCCAGAUGCCGCCCACUCCCACGAGGGGCUUCUGCAGCAACUCCACUUACCCCUUUCCCACAGCACUGAAAAGCACAAGCAAUGUAAAUGCUGUGUAAACAGCAGCCCUUGCUCCUAAUUGACCUUUCAACUUUUCCACAACAAUAACAAAGGAUGGCUAUUCUAGAACACUUGACUCGAAUGUGAUCAUUUAUAAAUGAAAUUAUAAAAUGCUACUAAGAGGGCCAGGGAGGUAGCUUACCAGAUAGUGCACAUGCUUUGCCAUGAGCGUGGCACAGGUUGGAGUCCCCAGCAUCACAUCAGAGGAGGCUCUGGUGCUAUAGUGUCUCUCUUGCUCUCUGUUUCUCUGAAUGAAAAGGUGGCCUGUAACAGUGAAAUGACCUGUGUGCAAGUACCCAAGACCUGAAGAAGGAGAAGGAGCAGGAGGAGGAGGAGAGGAGGAGCAGAAGAAAGCUAUUAAGGACCUACUAAUACUAUCCAAAUUAUAUUUUCACUUAGGAAGUGAGAAUCUAUGUUGAGUUCUAAACCAGGAAGUGUAAAUGCAGGUAAUGAAAGCUAUCACUUUUGCUAAUGUAAUUGGUUUGUUUGCAGCAUCUUCUUGGUGCCAACAACUAAUGUGAUAUUUUCAAAUACGUUUUUCUCAUAAAAACUGUGGCUCCUCAAACUUCCAUGUUGCCUUAUUAAUCACAUUCAUCUUUAGGAAAGGAAUGAAAAUGAAGCCAUGUGUAA